AUGCCUGAAAAUAACAGUGAUGAAGAUAUAAAUCAAGAGAUCAUGUUUCCUUUAAAUGUUGAUGAUCCAGGAAAUUGGGACAAAUUGCAAAAUAUUAGGGAUUUUCUAGUUGAAAGAGGCCCUAGAAAAGAUGAUGAUAUUUUGUUUCCUCUUGAUAACACCGGCAGACACUUCAAUCCAUCACAUUAUAAGAGACAAUUGCCAAAUAGUGAGAAAAGUGACAGAAGAUGGCUAGUGUAUUCUAUUUCUAUGGACAAGAUCUUUUGUUUCUGUUGCAAGUUAUUCAAGACUCAAAGAACCAUAAUGAAACUUGGUCAUCUAGCUAACGAAGGAUACAAAGAUUGGAAGAAUACCAGUCGAUGUCUCAGUCUUCAUGAAACUAGUAAAGAUCAUAUUGAUUGCAUGACUAGUUGGAUUGAAUUAGAAAGAAGACUUCGAAAGAAAAAGACAAUUGAUGAAAAUAUACAAGUAGCAAUUAACAAGGAGAGAGAACAUUGGAAACAAGUAUUGAAGAGAAUAAUUGCAGUUGUGCAAAGAAUUGCGAAGAAUAACUUGCCACUUCGGGGAAAUAAUGAGAAGCUUUAUGUUGAGAAUAAUGGAAUCUUUUUGCAUCUAAUUGAAAUAAUUGCUGAAUUUGAUCCAAUAAUGGAGGAGCACCUUCGGCGUGUUCAAUAA